AUACAAAAUGGUCCGCGGAAUAAAAUGGGUGGACGAAGUCGUAGAAGACGCGCCUUAUGUAACGACGCUGGAAACUCUAGACAAGUACAACUGUGAUUUCUGUGUACAUGGAGAUGAUAUAACGCUCACAGCCGAAGGAGUAGAUACCUACCACUUAGUUAAAAAGGCAAACCGAUACAAGGAAGUUUCACGAACUGCCGGGGUGUCUACAACGGAUUUGGUCGGACGAAUGCUUCUAAUGACGCGUAAUCAUUUCAAACAAGGUGAUGACGAGUAUAGCGUCGAAAAAGAUGAAGACAUCAAGACCAUAGAUCAUUUAAUCAAGAAAAUUCAAAAUAAACUUGAAACCAAUACAGGCUCAUCCAAGCUCGGGCAGGACCACUCUGCACGGAGUCCGUGGACCGGAUGUUCUCAAUUCCUACCUACUACGCAGAAGAUUAUCCAAUUCAGCGAUGGUACACCGCCAAAACCAACAGACAAGAUCGUUUACGUUGCCGGUGCUUUCGAUUUGUUCCAUGUCGGACAUUUGGACUUUCUGGAAGAGGCUAAGAAAUUCGGCGACUAUUUGAUCGUCGGAUUGCACACGGAUCCGGUGGUGAACCAGUACAAGGGUGGAAACUACCCGAUUAUGAAUUUGCACGAGCGCGUUUUAAGUGUAUUGGCGUGCAAGUAUGUAAACGAAGUGGUCAUAGGAGCUCCCUAUUCGGUAACAAAGGAUUUGAUGGAGCAUUUCAACGUGGAUUUGGUGUGCCACGGGCAGACUCCGAUUGCAACCGAUAUUGGAAACAUCGAUCCGUAUGCCGUGCCGAAGCAAAUGGGCAAAUUUAUGCUCAUUGAUUCAGGAAACACAAUCACCACAGAAGACAUUGUCGAACGCAUCAUUCGGCAUAGGCUAGAAUUUGAAGAUCGCAAUACCAAAAAAGAAAAGAAGGAGAUUGAAGUGUUCGAAGCAAUGCAACGGGUAAAGCUGGCGGAGAAAAGCGGUUGACCAGACUAAUGAUAUACCCAUUGUAGCGGCAACUGUAGCUUCCCUGGGCAAACCCGAUUCACUCUAAAUUACACGUUACAUUCGACAAAUCGCUCCUACUGCUGUUGAGUUUCAACGAUAAAAGCAACAAUCCCAAGCCCACAGGCAUUGUUAACAGUUUGGCAGAUCGUUAAAAGUAUGCAGCAAUGCGCAAUUCUCACGUUAAUUAUCAAACUGCAGUCGAUAGAGUCGUCGCAGACCGAUGCAAAAGACGCCAAGUGUGGAGCACCACAAACUAGAAAGAUAACUAUGUAUAUUUUAGUGAUUGUAAUAUUUUUUUUAGUUGAAUUGUACAUGUUAUUUGUAAGCCUUAUUAUUUAAUUGUGGUUCAAUUUGUACUUGUUUUAAUAGUUUUUGCAACAAGUUCACAAUGGCUUUCCAGCAAUGGUCUUUUUCUUUAUUUUUGAGUCUGAACCACCACAGUUAAGUUUUCUGAUUUUUAUGCAGGAUUUUUUAUCGUUCAAAAGUUUUAAUAUCUAUAUCAAAGAGAGAAUCUCAAACCAGCAAAAAAAUACGACAUAAAAACAAAGAAGGUACGACUGUUUAAAAGGUUUUUUAUUUUUCAUUUCGAUAUUAGUAUGUAUUUGAAAGAUAAUGCUGGUUUGCUGCAUGAAUAAAAAGUGUUGUAAAUUUAUUGUAGUAGAUUAUCUUGUUUUCAUUUUUUAAUGAAAAUGAGUGCGGGUACUUUGAUUUAUAAAAGAUUGCGCUUAAUCUUCAAAAGACGAGAAAUGAAUGAAUAGACAAGAUAGGCAUGUCCAAAUGGUAUAGUUAAGUUAGACCGAGUCUGAUAAUCGGGAAAGUAACGGAUCAGUUUUGUCUCCAAAGUUUAGUAUACUUAUAUCAAACAGAUGUUCAGCAAAGAUGAUAGGAACAUUCCUAGGAAAACUUAAAAACCCAUUUGGUAAAAAAUGUGCAGAACUGGGUGAAUGAGUGUCCAUGAGGAAUAAAAUUCCUACUUCCCUUUAAAACCUAUCUUUCAAAGAACUACUUAGCAAAACAGCUUAAUAACCUAUCUAUACUUAAAUUUUGUGUUGAUAUCCACAAAUUGUAACGUUUCUCUAACAAAAUCUAAAAUAAACACUCUUAUUGCCUCUGUAUA